AUGAAAGAAGAUAUAAAUAAAUUAAAAAAUAAUAACGACAGUAAUUUAAGCAAUGAUGAAGAAGAGCACAGUGUAGAUGAUGAGGGCUCCAUUAACAAGGAUGAUAAUAAUAAUAAAGAAAAGAAAAAAGGUUAUGAAAAGAUUAUAGAAGAUAUAAAAGAAGAAAAUAAAAACUCUUAUGUAUCAAAAAUAAGUGAGCCAAUGUUAAAAAAGAAAUAUUUAAAAAAUGUUUUAAAAAUAUUAGAUUAUGUUUAUUAUGCAAAAUUAAAUAGUUCUCAAAUUUUAAAAACAAAUAAUUCUUUAGAUGAAGAAAAACAAAAAUUAUUAAAAAAAAAAUUAAUAGUUAUAGGAUUAACACAAGUAAUUAAAUGUAUAAGAAAAGGAUAUAGUGGUAUAGUACUUAUUGCAAUAGAUGUGUUCCCAAUAAAUAUUAUAUGUCAUUUACCUUCAUUUUGUGAACAAUAUAAAAUCCCAUAUACUUUUGUAACAACGAAAAAUAAAUUAGCUCAUCUAUGUAAACUUAAAAGAUCUAUAACAUGCUUAUUUAUUUUAAAACCGGAUAUUCAUAUAUCAACAUUUGAACAAACAAUUAAUCAACAUUGUCCCAAAAAAAAAAUACAUAAUUAUCAAAAGUUGUAUGACAAGUUAAUAUCCGGCGUAAAAAAAAAUCACCCCUUUUUUCAAUCCUAA